UCUCUCUUACUGAAUCUAACCUUAAACUGAAAGUAACCUCAAACUUACGAAGACAAAUCACAAUUUAAAUAAUUCAUUAGGCGUAUUAAGAAACGAAAUGGCUAAACGGUCCCAACCGUCAUGGAGCGUUGGGGACACAGAACCUCCUCCUGUUCUUAAGCUGUACAAUAGUUUAACCAGACAGAAAGAAGUGUUUGUACCUCAGAAAGGACGUAAAGUUAUGUGGUACAGUUGUGGUCCCACAGUUUAUGAUGCAUCUCACAUGGGUCAUGCAAGGUCAUAUAUUUCAUUUGACAUCCUUCGUCGAGUUCUCUCUGACUAUUUUGGCUACGAUGUCACUUAUGUAAUGAACAUCACAGAUAUCGAUGACAAGAUCAUCAAAAGAGCUCGACAGCGCCACUUGUAUUCACAGUACGCGGCAGAGCCUCGAGACAUGUCACAAGCUCUGUCAGACACUAGGAGUGCCAUGAGUCUGGUUGUAGAAAAAGCUACGAAAACCACAGAUCCAGACCAGAAGGAGAUGUUGCACAAUCUGUCUCUGAGAGUAACUGAGGCCGUCGAGGGAAUGGAGAAGGCAAUCAAAAGCAACGAUGAGAAACAGAUCAAAGAUGCUGAGAAGGUUUUAAUGGAGGCUAGUCGAGACCCUGUGUCCGAUUGGCUGGACAAGCAGUUCGGACACACAAUUACAGACAAUGACAUCUUUGUCAGUCUACCUCGCCAUUGGGAGGCUGAAUACCACAAGGACAUGGAUGCACUUAAUGUUAUGAGACCCAAUGUACUCACUCGAGUAAGUGAAUAUGUGCCAGAAAUAGUUUCAUAUAUUGAGAAGAUAAUAGAGAAUGGACUGGCGUACGAGUCCAACGGUUCUGUCUACUUUGACGUGAAGACCUUUGAUGCCAGAUCCAACCACUUCUACGCCAAACUUGUCCCAGAGGCUUACGGAGACCAGGAAUCUCUUCAGUCUGGGGAAGGAGACCUAGGGCCUGGAGAUGCAGAGAAGCGAUCACCCACAGACUUUGCUCUAUGGAAGAAGUCCAAGCCGGGAGAGCCAUGGUGGGAGUCGCCGUGGGGCCGAGGACGGCCAGGGUGGCACAUAGAGUGUUCAGCCAUGGCCUCGGCCAUCUGCGGCCCGGUGCUCGACAUCCAUACUGGCGGAGUCGACCUCAAGUUUCCACAUCAUGAUAACGAGCUCGCCCAGUCAGAGGCAUACUUUGACAACGAAAAGUGGGUGAGGUACUUCCUACACUCUGGACAUCUGACCAUCCAGGGCUGCAAGAUGUCAAAGUCUCUCAAGAACUUUGUCACCAUCGCUGACGCUCUCAAGAGGCAUUCAGCUCGUCAGCUUAGGUUGGCAUUCCUGCUUCAUUCAUGGAAAGACAGUUUGGACUACAGUGAUAACACCAUGGAUCUAGCAAUCAGCUAUGAAAAAAUGUUAAAUGAGUUUUUCCUGUCAGUGAAGGCUUUGACCCGUCACCUAGCGGGGGGCACUCAACUCAGCAGCUUCCGCAAGUGGGGGCCACCAGAACUGCAGCUGCAGGCAAAGUUUACACAAACCAAGGAGGCAGUUCACUUAGCACUUUGUGAUAAUGUAGACACUCGUCCAGUGUUGGAGAGCAUCAGGGACUGUAUAGCAGCCUGCAAUGUGUACAUGAGGGGAGGACAACCUGACUGUCUGUUGCUCAGAGACAUUGCUGCCUACAUUACUCAUAUGAUGAGGAUAUUUGGAACUAUUACUACCACUGAUGAUAUUGGCUUCCCUGUUUCAUCGUCUACUUCAGGCAAUGUGGAGGAAAUAGUGAUGCCAUAUCUCACUAUCAUGGCAGAGUUCCGAGACAGUGUGCGAGGUUUGGCACGUCAGCUGAAAGCUACUGACAUCCUGACUGAGUGUGACAGACUACGAGAUGACACUCUUCCUCAGGUUGGAGUCAGGCUUGAGGAUCUUGAAGGUCGACCUUCUGUGGUAAAAUUGGUGGACAAAGAAACACUGAUGAAAGAGAGAGAAGCUAAAAAGAAGGCUGAGGCAGAGAAACUCGCUGAGAAAGAGAAGAAGAAGAAAGAAAUGGAAGCUGCUCAAGCGUUGAAAGAAGCUCAGAAGAAGAUACCUCCACAAGAGAUGUUCAAGUCAGAAACUGACAAGUACUCUAAAUUUGAUGACAAGGGUAUUCCAACUCAUGAUCACGAAGGUAAAGAGCUCAGUAAAGGUCAGGUCAAGAAGCUUCAAAAGCUGUGGCAGGCACAAGAGAAGAAGUAUUUAGAGUACCAAACCUCCAACGGCCAUGCUCCUGCGUCAUGAUGGGUGAUAUGGGGUCACUAAGUCCUGGUGAUAUUGAACACUAUGUGCCGGUGAUAUGGGAUCACUUAUGUGCUAGUGAUAUGGGGUCAUCUUAAAAGGGUAUCAACUACUCACCUCUACUUAAAGGCCUUUCAGUAUUGAAUUGCGUGGAUUUUACAUCAGGGGUAUAACUUGCAUAGACUGACCUAAAGAUUUUAUAUUUUUAUUUUUACUAAAUAUUUAUACUGUGCUAAUAUUUUGAUAUCAAUGUGAUUGUUGUUUUGAGUUUUCUUAUUGAUUGUGUUAAAAGGAAAAUGAUUUACUUAUAAGGUUAUUUAGUAAUUUAUUUGAAUACUAUACUUGCAAUUCAAUGUCUAUUUAGUCCAUUACAUAUUUUAAAAUAUAAAUACAGUAUGAAAAAUAUUUGUGUUUGGAAAGCGUUGAAAUGUACUGCGCUGUACAGUACUCGUAUUAUUUUAUCCCAAUGCUCCUACAGGUUUAGUUCUUCUUCCAAAGAAUAAACUAUAAAAAAUAUUGUUAGUCUAUGUUUAUUAGCAUAAACAAUUUAUUUUCUCAUUGUUAGCAAAAAUUGUGUUACUUAUAUGUCUGACAUUUUGGGAUGAUAUUUUAGUAACAUCUUUACUGUUUUCAGGUUAAAUUAAAUUUAUUUUAGCAUAUGUCUUGUUUAAAAAGAAGGGUUGAAUUAAAAU